AUGAUGGAUAAUGUCUCUGUGAUAACAAUAUUCUACCUUUCAGGUUUAAAUGACAAAAUGAGCSASAGGUUUAUUCUCUUCUUUCUCAGUUUGUUGUGUUACUGUGUCAUUUUGCUGGUAAAUAUAACUCUUAUUGUGACCAUCAUCUYGGAUAAAAACCUCCAUGAACCAAUGUAUAUUCUGCUGUGUGCAUUUUGCAUGAAUUCACUUUAUGGAACAACAGGUUUCUUCCCCAAAUUUCUGUGGGAUCUGCUCUCUCCUGUUCAUGUCAUCUCUUAUUCUGGAUGUUUUCUUCAGGCUCAGGUACUGUACUCAUUUGCAGCCAGUGAACUCUCUUUUCUUGCAGUGAUGGCAUAUGACAGAUAUGUGGCUAUAUGUCGACCACUGCAGUAUAACUCUGUCAUGUCAAAGCAAAGACUCAUAAAGUUACUGUGUUUCUCCUGGUUCACACCUUUCUGCAUUAUAGGCUCAAAUAUUUGUCUGACAUCCAGACUGAAGUUAUGCAGCCCGUAUAUUGCCAGACUCUUCUGUAUGAAUUGGAUCCUUGUUGCACUUGCUUGUUUCCCAGCUGAAACUAUUAUUAACAACAUAGUUGCAUAUAUUUCAAUAAUCAUUUAUGUAUUUCAUGGUGUAUUUAUAGUUUGGUCCUACAUAUUUCUCAUUAAAACAUGUGUAAAUUCUAWAGAAAACAGGGCAAAGUUCAUGCAAACAUGUGUGCCACAUUUACUCUCCUUGAUCACUUUUCUUUUCACWAUACUKKWUGAURUKAURARUAURCGUUUURGUUCAAAAMAMWUACCUCWACCYYUWAAAAACUUUKUUGCAAUAGAAUUUCUUGUCAUACCUCCAAUCAUGAAUCCUCUCAUUUAUGGUUUCAAAUUGACCAAAAUUCGAAACAGACUUCGCGGAAUUGUUUUUUUUAAAACCAGUCUUGGUGUACAUUAA